UGUUGAGCAACAUUGUGAUAAGAUCAAGUUCCUUUUUGAGGUUUGAUCUGUGAGCAGAAAACAUCUUCAUCAUCUUCAUCAUCGGCAACCAGGUCCAACAAGAUGGCUGAUGUGCGCUGGCGGUUGUUGGCACUUAUUGUGGUUGUCAUGGCAACAAAGACCCAGGCCAUCGACCAGAACGUGCUUGGCCCAAUUGUUGAAGAAGUCCUCCGAAGGCUUCACGUGGAUCGGGGACUGCCCAUGUUCAGUGUGGCCGUGAGCGUCCCCCUGGGUUCUAACGGUCAAUAUGACGUCGCCGCCAUACCUGACCCGGGCGAGAACAUCAAGAACGCCAUCCUGAAAUGCCGCGUCUACGAGGACGAGCACGUGGUGGCCGCCACCCUCCUGAGGUGGCCCGACGUGCUCACCAUGUGCCCCAAAGAGAAGGUGCCGUGGAAAGAUGUUCUGAGGAAGUGCGGGCGGUCCUCCAUGACCUGGCAGGAAGUCGGGGAGAACUGCGUAAAAGGCGCGCGAGCGGACCACGCCGAGUACCGCGUUCUGAAGACCUUUGAGGCGUGGGCGGCUGACAAGAAGAAGACGGGUCUGAUGCUCCUCUACGUCUUCGCCUCGCCGUGCACAAGCAGAUGCACGCAUGAGAACAGCGGGCUGAGCAUCCUAAAGCUGGUGGAGAACAUUGCGCUGUGGCCGCAGCACGCCGUGGUCUUCUCCAAGGUCUUCCAACCUAAAGGCAAAGACCCCGUCAAGGUCAACCAACUCAAGGGCGGCCUCAGCAACCUGGGACGCCAUCUCGGCAGCGGCGGCCUCGGGAACAUCUUCCGCUGCGACAUGAAGUGUGUCAGCUGCUCCGGCGGAGGGGGGCAGGUCACACCUUACUGCUACCAAAGUGGGCGGGGCCAGAGCAUCCAGGAAGGACGGGGCGGCGGGGGUAACGUGAGGCGGGGCCGAGGGGGCGGGAGGAGGAGAAGAAGCCUCCAGAAGAGCCCAGUGGUGGAAAGUGACGUCUCCGACGUGACCCCGCCCGAGCAGCCGGAGUCCACCACAGGACCUCCGCCAGCCAAAGGUCCCGGAAGGAAAAUGAAGCGUGGGCGUGGCCAGAAGAAGACAGACAAAGGAGGCGGCACCAAGCGUGGGCGUGGCCAGAAGAAGACCGACAAAAGAGGCGGGAGCAAGCGUGGGCGUGGCCAGAAGAAGACAGACAAAAGAGGCAUGACCAAACAUGGGCGUGGCCAGAAGAAGACAGACAAAAGAGGCGGGAGCAAGCGUGGGCGUGGCCAGAAGAAGACAGACAAAAGAGGCGGGAGCAAGCGUGGGCGUGGCCAGAAGAAGACAGACAAAAGAGGCAUGACCAAACAUGGGCGUGGCCAGAAGAAGACAGACAAAAGAGGCGGGACCAAGCGUGGGCGUGGCCAGAAGAAGACAGACAAAAGAGGCGGGAGCAAGCGUGGGCGUGGCUGAUCUCCCCCCGGGGGGCGGCGCCGAGGUUGACAGCGACCAAUUAUGAGAGCCGGAAAAAAAAAUAAAAAAAAUCAGCUUUUGCUUCCACGCUAACGCUAGCAUGCUAACAUGAUGAACAUGUGAAUUUCUGAUUUUGCAUUUAAAAAAAAAGCAAGCGUGGGCGUGGCCAGAAGAAGACAGACAAAGGAGGCGGGACCAAGCGUGGGCGUGGCCAGAAGAAGACAGACAAAAUAGGCGGGAGCAAGCGUGGGCGUGGCCAGAAGAAGACAGACAAAAGAGGCAUGACCAAACGUGGGCGUGGCCAGAAGAAGACAGACAAAGGAGGCGGCACCAAGCGUGGGCGUGGCCAGAAGAAGACAGACAAAAGAGGCGGGACCAAGCGUGGGCGUGGCCAGAAGAAGACAGACAAAAGAGGCAUGACCAAACGUGGGCGUGGCCAGAAGAAGACAGACAAAAGAGGCGGGGUAAAGCGUGGGCGUGGCCAGAAGAAGACAGACAAAAGAGGCGGGAGCAAGCGUGGGCGUGGCCAGAAGAAGACAGACAAAAGAGGCGGGAGCAAGCGUGGGCGUGGCCAGAAGAAGACAGACAAAAGAGGCGGGAGCAAGCGUGGGCGUGGCUGAUCUCCCCCCGGGGGGCGGCGCCGAGGUUGACAGCGACCAAUUAUGAGAGCCGGAAAAAAAAAAAAAAAAAUCAGCUUUUGCUUCCACGCUAACGCUAGCAUGCUAACAUGAUCAACAUGUGAAUUUCUGAUUUUGCAUAAAAAAAAAAGCUUUUAGCAAACAUUUCUCUGCUCUUUA